AUGGAUCAUAAACUGCCGCCGCCGCCGAGGAAGAAGACGUCGAAGAAGCGCGACGAAUCGCUGAAAGUAGUGUACAUCUCGAGCCCCAUGAAGGUGAGGACCAGCCAAGCCAGGUUCCGGGCGCUGGUGCAGGAGCUCACCGGCAAGAACUCUGACAUCGCGCCUUACAUGGACUCGGAUGGCGCCGCCCUUGCCGACUACCGCGACGAGGACGGCACGCUGCUCCCCGACCGGCCUAUUUCUAGCUCCGACGACACCACCACCACCCCCGCCACCUCGGAUUCUCUCGGCAAUGUGUUCGCCGCCGGGAUUUUCGACGACUAUCAUCAUCACGACUACUUGAUCAUGUGA